GAUCCAAGGCUGUAUUAUCCUCUUCAUCAAGAUAAAAAGGCGCAAAACCAGGAUGGAAGACGAAAAAAAGGAGGCAAUGAUAAUGUUUAUCUCUGGAAGGCCGUCAUCGUUCGUUCCAAACUACGCAUACAGCUAUUAGAUCAUUCAACGUUUAAAGGUGUCUGUAUCGUCAAAUCAGAGGUAAAUAUAGCUUAUCAUCAUCUACCAGCAAAUUAUUAUUUUUCCACUAUUGCACAAUUUUACUCUAUUAGGGAAUCAGAACGCGCAACCACGUCAUGGUAUUUUACUGUAAAACGGAGAGAAUACAUGGAUGGAAAGUGGAGUAUCGUAAUAAGUGCAUCAGGAGUUCUUGUUGGUCAUAAAAAAAAUGUACGCGAUCGGUGAUCGGUGAUGGGGCUGUAGAAUAUAUUUCUAUCCUUUUUUUGUGUUUUUCUUGCGUAGUUCAUGACGUUUCAGUUUAAAUUUUCUACAAUUUUUUAACUCACUUUUCAUCGAAUACAAUCCGCAUAACGAAAAAUGUUACCGGCAACUAUAUGAGGAGCUGAAAUCUCUUCCUUGGGAAAAAACUGAAGUUCCACAGUGUCGCGGAGGAAUGUCCUUAAUUGAUUCUGACGCCAUGCUACAAGCCAUUGUGGAAUACAUGAAGGACAACUAUCCCACUACCCCAGAGGAGUUUAACUUUCAGGCUGAACUUAAAGUUGUAAGUCACUGGCACUGGUUCGAAGACAAAACGGUGCCCCGACGUAAACCAAGUCCUCGUGAGGACUUUCGUAUAAAGAAGGCAGUAAAGAAAUCGUUUCAAAAAUGGAGCAGAGAUCUAAGGGAUCAACAGUCAACGGUAACUAACGAAAUGACGGAAGACUUAAAUGAGUCCUCGCUUCAGAGUUGCGACGAAUACAUAUCAGGGCUGAAAGAAGAUAUUUGUGCCAUCCAAAUGUAUUAUAACAAAGAAGGUAACCACUCAGGAAAAACUGAAAAUAAAUUGAAACUAAAACUUGUAAAUGUACUUUACAGGAAUAACGUUAUGUUAGUGAACAAUGUUAUAUUAGUGAAAUAGACUUUAUUAGUGGGUGUUGUAGGGACGCAAGUCCAAAUGGAGGAAAUACGAUGGUGGUACAGGUAGUGGAUUCUUCCCCCUGUUCCAGCCCGAGCCUUGUGUCUCUGCUUUGUGUUGUGGUGGUGGCUGCAUGUAGUCUAUGCUUGCUUGCUCUGCUCUGCUUUGCUCUGAUUGGCUCGCUCUGCUUGCUUGUAGUGUUAUGUGUAGUUGCUGCCUGGCACUGGUUAUAACAUCAACGGGGCAUCCAUUUGGUAUUAGUCCCCUGGCUCGACAUAGCCUCUUUCACCUCAAGACCGAUCGUGCGUCGUUUCCGACCACAUCCUCCCAGAGGUGACCAACGGUAACUUGGAAGUGCAAACCCCCAGCCUUAAACACGACGGAUCUAGAGGAGUCACCCUGAAUAAAAAAUCUAGGCACGUAGUGUCUGUACCCUGGUGUGCUAGUCAGGCUUGACGUGUGGAGACUUAGGGUCGAGGGACAUAACCAAGAGUCUGGAAACCAAGCUCCAACGGCAGAACAUGGGGGUGAGGAUGCAAUUUCUCAACGACUGUGAAGAAACUACAGCCCCGUGGUCGCCUCGGCCUUCACAGCCCACUGAGCCACUAUGGAAAAUCCCUGGGCCUAAAGAGUGGGGUUAGCCUGCGCGUGCUGACCUCCACCUCAAGUCUACCAAGCGCAGGGGGAAGAAAUGUCCUACAGCGGUGAAGA